CAGCCAGCCAGAGCACCCUCCUCCUCCUCCUCCUCUUCCUCUUCCACCUCUUCUUGUAUCGCACAGACCGCCUUCUCCUGCCCACUUUAUCUUUCACUCUUGACAGGUCUCACUAUCUCCACUGUCUCUUUUCUUUUCUCUCUCUCUUUCUCUCUCCAUCUCUUCCUGUCCUUCACUUCUCUCCAGACGCCAGAAGCUUGCAGGCUUGCCGGUCUUCCUUCAAACUACUGAGGACUCAGAAGCACUGUCCCUGUCACUGGAGCUAAGAUGGCAAUGUGCAGCAUCCUCAACGGUGAUGACAUCAAGAAAGCUCUAGAUGCAUUCGCAGCUGCUGACUCCUUUAACCAUAAGAAGUUCUUCGAGAUGGUGGGUCUGAAGGCCAAGUCUUCUGACGAAGUGAAGAAGGUCUUCCUGGUGCUGGACGCCGACAACAGCGGCUUUAUAGAGGAGGAGGAACUCAAAUUCGUCCUGAAGGGUUUCGCCCAAAAUGGCAGGGACCUGACAGACAAGGAAACCAAAGCAUUUUUAACAGCAGCCGACAAGGAUGGAGACGGCAAGAUUGGAAUUGAUGAGUUUGCCGCCCUGGUGAAAGAAUAAACGGUCGCCCAGUGUGGCCGAAGACCACCUCCCAACCACCGCUGCACCCCGACACCCGCAGGCCUCCCUCCCUCCUUAGCACCAACACCUCACCCCCCCCCCCCCCCCCAUCCGCCCUCACUCCCAGUCAACCAGACUGCAGCUGAUUCCUGCAACACCCUCCCUCACCCUCUCCCCCACUGCUGUCUUCCUGUGUACCACGCUACACUGGAGGAAGUUAACUGUGGUGCCCCCCCCCCCCCUUCACACACACCUCCCCACAGCUGUACUAAUCCUAUUUAUUUUACCCUUUUUAUACAAACUGUUUCUGUUUCUGUAUAGAUAUAAAACAUGCCUGCAAGAAAUAAACCUCACAUUUUAAAGUAGAUAUAAAGAAAAUAGAGAUUAUAAGAGAAAGAUGUCCUUCCUCACCCUUUUUCUUUCUCCCCCUUUUUUCUGUCUUUUCUCUGUCGAUUUAAACCUGGCUCUGCCCCUGCAUCCGCUCCCCCCUCUCUCCCCCCCCCAUCUAUCUAUCUAUUUAUCCGUCCCUUUCUCCUCUGGUGAUGAGCUGUUGUAAAACAUACCAAAAGAAGAAAGAGGUCAAGCUGUGAAAGAAUAAAAUAAAAAGUGUCAAGAAAAAAACCCCGCUGACUCACCGUUAAUCCCUCCCUUUGAUGUGCUGCUCUUACCUGAUGCUCCUAUCCAGCUCUCCAUCUCUCCUGUCGUCCUCUCUGUCGCAACACUUUUAUCAAGCAGUAACGCACAUCCUGAGAUCACCCUACUGAGGUAUAACAGAGGGGACUCGAUGGUGGAAGUACAUUUACUCAGGUAUCAUACUUACGUACAAUUUUGAGGUACUUUAUACUAUGGAUAUUGUCCCCCUCUUAUCCACGACAUUAAGUAACUAUACAUAUUCAGAUUAUUACACAAUAACAUAUAUAAAUCAACAUUGACAUACAGUGUAAAUAUAGGUUUAAAUAUCCAGCAAUAUACAAAUCAUAAUCUAUUCAAAUGGCUUUUUCACAUGA